UAAAAAUGAAACCAUUCGGUAUAUAGCCUUUUGAGGAUGGGUUUUUCUACCUAGCGUAAUGCAUUUGAUAUUCAUCCCUGCUGUUGUAUCAGUAGUCUGUUUCCUCUUUAUUGCUGAGAGUGUUUGUUGUAUAGAUGCACCCCAAUUUAUCCUUUGGCCAGUGGAUAGGACAUUUGGGUUUUUUUUUCCAGGAGAUGGUGAACAAAGCCGCCAUAAACGUUUGUGUACAGGGUUUUGUGUGCCCCUAGGUUUUCAUUUCCCUCCGGAAAAUACCUAGGAGUGGGCCUCCUGUAUGUGUAACAUUCUAAGAAACUGCCACACCGUUUUCCAGAGUUGCUGCACCAGUUUGUACUCCCAUGGCAACAUGAGAUUUUGAGCUUCCCCACAUCUUCACCAGAACUCAUUUGGUACAUUUAUUUAACUUCCUGACAUUGUACUGUUAGCGGUAUCACGCUGUGGUUUUAAUUUCCACUUCCCUGAUGACUAAUGAUGGUGAUUUUAAAAAAAUCUCUGCCCGGUCUUCACUUCGUCCAAAAAGCCACUGUUUACGCUCUGUCCGCAGAAUGAUGAGGUACUGUCACUUUGUGGUUCCCUGAUAACCAACACUUAUCGCCACCUUGGGCUUAACCCACUAAAGCUAGCAUUGUUUUCCAGUUCCCUCCCUGCUCAUCACGCUGGUCUCCACGUCUCGGUCUCUCGGUCUCUCUCUCUCUCUCUCACUCACACACACACACGACUGAGGGCAGAAGCAACAUCUUACUUCCUUUGGUAUUUUCAGCUCCCAGCACAGACUUGAAAUACAGUCUUUAUCCCAUAAAUAUUAAAUGAGCGAAUUAAUAAUUGCUUAAGAAAUCAGAGAAUGAACGGACGAAGAGAGGUAGUUAGGAACCAGGUUUUGCAUCCAGACCGACCCGGCUGCGCCAGCAAACUGUGUUUCCACAGGUGCCUCACGCCAAGUUCACUUUAACAAGGUCGACAGAGAAGAUGCGAAUAUUUACAACGGUGACGACACCGAAGGCACCCGCGAAGAGGGAGGCAAAGCGGAAGAGGCGCGGCCGGAAGCGGAAGGGCGGCAAGGCGUGAGCGGCGUCUCAGUUGCCAUGGAGACGGGGAGAGCAGGGGAGCGGCUGUCUGCAGAGUCCGGGUCCUGCGCGUUCGGGGGCGCGACGUGGACGCCCGCCUCGCGUCAGGCCCGGGUCCGCAGCCCCAGCGAGUCCACCCGUCUGUCCUCGGUCGCCUGCUCCGAAGCCUCUCACUACGGCUUUGGGGGCCGGGCCCGCCGCGCGGGGCCCGCCGCGCUCCGGCCGCUCCCCGAGCCGCCACUGCUGCGUCUGCGCCCCACCUCGCUGCGCACCCAAGACAUCUCGCACUUGCUCACCGGCCUCUUCCGCAGCUUGUACACCAACGAGGUGAUCGGCGAGGACCUGAGCGCGAACUUGAUCAAGGCCCGCGGCAGCCAGGAUGCGCGCCACGAGGAAUUCGUGGACGAGCUUCGGCGGAUUCGGGAGCUCUACAAGCAGCGGCUGGAUGAAAUUGAAAUGUUGGAGAGACAUAUCAUUCAGGGCCGUGCACGAGCUCUUGCAGAGAAAGAACGGAUCAUGCAACAGGCCGAUGUGCAUGCCCAGGAGACCUUCAUCAAGAUCCCUCCAGUGAAGUCUAUCUUCAGAUGGUGUGUGGACAGUGUGUUGCUACAGAAGCAUCAUUUGAUCUGCCCGGAUGAUUACUACAGGGACACCGUACCAUUUUGCUCUGCACCUAAAGGCGUCUCUGUCCCUGGAUGUUCAAAACUCACAUUCAGUUGUGAGAAGCGUUCUGUCCCAAAGAAGCACCUGACCAAGAAGCUUGAAGAUCCCUGCAGGAAGAUGCUCACUAAGUCUGACGAGGAGCUGGACUACACUGUGGACAGUCUGACAUGGGACUCAUCUUUAGAGGCCAAGCACAAGACUGUCCAGAAAACAAGUCCACCCAAGAAUAAGAAUUGGAUGAACCACUUACCUGUGCCCCAGAGAGAACUGGAGCGACUUCUGCUUGCCAGAAUGGACAGUCGGAUCCGCUUCCUUAAAAACCCCCGGUUUUUCCCUCCUAACACUCCACGUGGAGGCACAUCUCUCCUCUUUCCUCCGAAGAAGCCAGUGCUGACAGGAGACCUCCAGAGUGGAGAGCCAGUGGAGAGUUGUGCUGAUACCCCAGUGUUUCUUGCUAAACCAUCAAUCGGAUUUUUCACAGAUUAUGAAGUUGGGCCAGUUUAUGAGAUGGCGAUCUCGCUACAGAACACCACCGCGGCCAGCCGCUGCCUAAGAGUCAUCCCGCCGUCGACGCCGUACUUCGCGCUGGGAUUGGGGAUGUUCCCAGGAAAAGGCGGAAUGGUGGCCCCUGGGAUGACCUGCCAGUAUAUCGUCCAGUUUUCUCCUGACUGCCUCGGGGAUUUUGAUGAUUUCAUUUUAGUUGAGACCCAGUCAGCCCACACGCUCGUGAUCCCCCUGCAAGCCCGGAGGCCACCCCCAGUGCUGACAUUGUCACCGGUAUUGGACUGUGGCUACUGCCUCAUCGGGGGAAUGAAGAUAACCAGGUUCCUGUGCAAAAACGUGGGCUUCAGCGUCGGCAAGUUCUGCAUCAUGCCUAAAAAGAGCUGGCCGCCACUGAGCUUCAGGGCUGUCGCAACCUUGGGCUUCGUUGAGCAACCUCCCUUUGGAAUCCUGCCUUCCAUGUUUGAGCUGGCUCCGGGGCAGGCCUUGUAUGUGGAGGUCUCGUUCCUCCCGACAAGCCUGGAAAAGGCAGAGCAGACCUUCAUCAUUGUGUGCGACAACUGCCAGAUAAAGGAGCUGGUGACCGUAGGAAUUGGGCAGGUGGUUGCUUUGGAUCUGAUCUAUAUUUCUGGUGAAGAAAGUCAGCCGGAGCCUGGAGAGCUCACAGACGUAACAGCCCAGCACUUCAUACGCUUUGAGCCGGAGAACGUUCAGUCCACAGCUAGAAAACAGCUCAUUAUUAGAAACGCUACGCACGUGGAGCUGGCCUUCCACUGGCAGAUCAUGAAGCCGAACCUGCAGCCCCUAAUGCCUGGAGAGACCUACAGCAUGGACAGCCUCAAGUACCACCCUGACAGGGAGACGGCCUUCUCCGUCCUGCCCGAGAGAGGGGUUCUCAGCCCCCACACGGACCACGAGUUCAUCCUGAGCUUCUCUCCUCGCGAGCUGAGGGAUUUUCACAGCGUGCUCCAGAUGGUGCUAGAAGAAGUCCCAGAGCCCACGAGCUUGGAAUUGGAAACCCUGAAGGAUUGCUCAUGCUCUGCGGAUGACGUCAUUGUCCUGGAAAUCGAGGUGAAAGGCUCGGUAGAACCUUUCCAGGUCCUCUUAGAACCGUAUGCCCUCAUCAUCCCCGGGGAGAACUACAUUGGUAUAAACGUGAAGAAAGAUUUUAAGAUGUGGAACAACAGCAAGUCCCCCGUCAGAUACCUGUGGGGGAAGGUCAGUGACUGCCACAUCAUUGAAGUGGAACCCUGCGCAGGGACCAUAGAGCCCAACGAGGGAGAGGAUUUCGAGUUGAGCUUUACCGGGGGUGUCCCCGGCCCAACAAGCCAGGACCUGCCGUGUGAAAUCCGAAACUCACCCUCACCGGUGGUGUUACACAUUGAGGCGGCCUUUAAGGGGCCGGCCCUUGUCAUCAAAGCCUCAGCCCUUCAGUUUGGUUUGCUACGCCUGGGGCAGAAAGCCACCGACUCCAUCCAGAUCCAGAACAUCAGCCAGCUCCCAGCCACGUGGUGCAUGAAGGAGAGCCUGGUGUGCCUCCAAGAAAGGCAGGAGAGUGUGUCUCCCUUCGACAUUGAGCCCUCGAGCGGCCAGAUCCCUGCUCUGGGGGAGUGCAGGGUGACCAUCACCUUGGAGGCCAAGCAGUGCCAGCGUCUGCAGACCGUCCUGGAGCUGGAGGUGGUAAACGGAGCCUGGAGCUACCUUCCUGUAUACGCCAACGUACAGGAGCCCUACGUGUACCUGCAAAACAGCCACGUGGAAGUCAGCAACCUCUACCUGGGCGUGCCCACCAAGGCAACCGUUAGACUCAUCAAUGGCACACUCCUGCCCACCCGCUUCCACUGGGGCAAGCUGCUGGGGCACCAAGCAGACUUCUGCACGGCCAAGGUCUCCCCGCGACGUGGCACGCUGGGUCCCAGUGAGGAGCGCCAGCUCAGCCUGGAGUUCACUGCUCACACCCAGGACGAGCUGAGCCAUCUGGCCCUCCCUUGUACCGUGUCGGGCAUGAAGGAGCCAGUGGUCCUGGGCAUUUCUGGGAAACCCCAGGGACUGCAAGUGGCUAUUGCCAUCUCUGCGGAGGGCUCUGACGGCAGCGUUCCCAGCACAGAGCUGUGGCCGGACCGCCUGCAGGAGCGCCGCCUCGACUUCGGCUCCGCGGUGCCUCUGAGGACCGGCGUGAACCGCCAGCUCAUCCUGACCAACCACUCCCCGAUACAGACGCCCUUCACCCUCAAGUUUGAGUACUUCGGGGGCCCCCCAAACGGCCCGAGUCAGAAACCCAGCCUCCCCGAUGCGCCCCCUGCCCUGCUGAAGACCUCACGGGUUCGAGAACGCUCGGCCAAGCGAGAGCAGCUGAAUUUUAUGGAAAGCCUGUUGUCUCAUGGGAAAGGAGCUGCCUUCUUUCCCCACAUUUCCCAGGGCACGCUAGGGGCCCACCAGCAGCUGCGCAUCGACAUCACGGGCUAUGCAAACAUGUGGGGCGAGUACUGGGACGACCUCAUCUGCACGGUGGGCGACCUGCCACCAACAGUCAUCCCGGUGCAUAUGGCGGUCGUGGGCUGCCCCAUCAGCUCCCUGAGGACCACUUACUCUACCACUGACCAGUUGCAGAAGGAGCCUGUCAUCAGGUUCGGCACCCAGGUCUCCGGAGGAGACACAGUCACCCGGGUCCUUCGCUUGAAUAACUCCAGCCCCUGUGAUAUCCGCCUGGACUGGGAGACCUACACUCCGGAAGACAGGGAGGACCGGCUGGUGGAGCUGCUGGUGUUUUAUGGGCCACCCUUCCCGCUGCGGGACCAAGCUGGAAACGACCUCUUGUGCCCAGAGACCCCUGCAAGCAGCAGCUCCUUCUGGUCCCCAAGCUGCUCCGCUGAGUCAGACUCCAGCCGUGAAGCUGCCCAGUCUGCCGAGGGCCGCUCCAGGGUCAGCGACAGGGCCUCACGGAAGAUCGUCUCGGUCGUCCUGCGGGAGCACGACGGGGUGCCCUGUGGCCACCUGUACCGCGUCAGCCCCAAGCAGAUGGUGGUCCCCGCCGGCGGCAGCAGCAGCAUCUCUGUGUCCUUCACGCCCGUGCUGCUCGGCCCCGGUACCCGGCACAAAGUGGAGUGUGUCGGCUAUGCCCUGGGCUUCAUGAGCCUGGACGACGAGGUGGCAAGAGAGCUUCCCGGGAGGCGGCGGCGCCUGCAGGACUUCGCCGUGGGAGCCCUGAGACUGGACCUGUGCAGCUCUGUGAGGCCCGCACAGCUGAGCGUGGAGCCGGACUACGGCGGUGGCACGGAGUUCUGGCACCAGGCCAGCGACCUCAUCCCCAAGCAGCCCUGUUCCGGGGUGCUGAGCGAGCUGGUGACCACCCACCGUCUGAAGCUGACCAACACCACAGAAAUCCCACAGUCCUUCCGGCUCCUGGUCUCCAGGCCGUUCUCUGUUGCUCAAGAUGGGGCCAGCCGCAGCCGCAGAGCUCCGGGCCGGGUGCAGGGGUGUGACGAGGAGCCGGCCAUGGCCGGCCAGCCGCUGGUGCUCCGCCCGAAGGAGAACAUGCUGGUCAGUGGGCACCUUCCCCUCACGCACGCACGCGUACACAACGCCCUCACACACGUGUGCGCAGACAUUGGCAUCCAGACACGGCACGCUCUCGUGUCAUCCACUUCCAGAGCUGGAGGGAGCAGCCACGUUCUCCUCCGGUGUGCGCUUGGGCACAGGUGUGUUGAGGGCAGGCCAUACACUGUGCUAGGUGAGUCUGGUUCUACCAGAGCCGGCUGUCACCAAGUGGUUAAAGGUCCCUUUAAGACACCUCAGGGAAGGGCGCCUGGGUGGCUCAGUUGGUUAAGCGUCCAACUCUCGGUUUGGGCUCAGGGCCUCGUCUCAAGGUUCAUGAGCUGGAGCCCCGGGGAGGGAUCGGCGCAGACAGCAAGGCUCCGGCUUGGGAUUCUCCCUCCCUCCCUCUCAAAAUAAACAUUUGACCUCAGCAGACAGCACCGCCCUCCACCCUGUGCCCAAGCAGAGCCUGGUGUCCUCCUUCCCAGCCCCUCUCUGACCCCCAGCCUCAGUCUCCAGGUCGUCCCACACCCACGUCUUGCUCUAGGACAAUGAUUUCCAAGUCUGGCAAUAGAGCCGUGGCCUUUAGAAAGCUUGCUGGAGAUAGAAGUUCACAGGCCCCACCUCCAGAGACCAGAAGGUCCAGGCUGAGGCCCAGGAAGCUACUUUUUUAAGAAGUGCCUCAGUUGACUGUAUGGAGCUAGUCCCAAAGAACCGGGGGAACCACGCAUCCACCCGCCUGGGGCUAAGAUUCACCUUGGCCUUGACUCACGUUCCCUUCAGCCCGCCUCCUGAUUCCGACAUCCCCUGCUUACAAGCCGUCAGAGGCUCCUCUGUGUCCUCAGGAUAAGGACACAGGCAGUGCUGGGCCAACAGGCCCGCCCACAGCCCUGCUCACGCCAAGGGGUAAAGGGAGGUUUGCUGGCCGUGUCCCCUCGGGGGCCUCAGCUCCUCGUACUGACGGGUGCGGGGCACAGGGCAGGGUGCAGCGUCCGUGGGCCAAACACCCCAGACAGGGGCGCCGGGUGGAGGGAGGCACCCUGCCGGCCCCGUCC